AUGGCCUUCAGCAUCUACCUGGCCUUUCCUGUGCUGUCAGGGAAACAAGUUCUGACAGCCUUCUGCUUGAAUGCCCUUCUCUGGACGUUCCUCAUCUUCACUGGGAUUUCCCUUGUUGUCAAGGAAUCACAUCGACCGUGCGAAGAUGUACAGAUCCUUCAAGGAGUUCUGGGAAGAAGAACAGUCACUAGAAAAGCAUCCCCUUAUCCCCUAUCCCUGUUUGCCUGUCAAGGAAAAAUAACGUACUAUGAGAUCACUCUGGCUAAGGAUUCAACUUUGUCAAAAUGGUUAGAAUAUAGUUUUUCCACAAAUAUGCAUGAGGGAAUGCAGUUGACGGAGAAGAAGAGUGAAGAAUUUCAUCUGACAGUGGUUGCCCACAAUGAGGCGUGUGAAAUUCCAACUGCAAAUGUUACACUCCAUGGUGAAGAUCACAUUUGCAUCCAUGCAAAGAACAUCAUUUGUUCCGGAGGUUGGCAUGCCAAACACGUUUCCAUCACUUUUGCUGAGAUCGUACUUCGAAGGGAAGAUACUCUGGAAAUUAAAGAACAACUCAAUCUGAUUUGCACCAUGGCAGAAUAUCUCCACUUGGAUCCUUCCUCACUCACGCUUAUUCCAGUCGAAGACUCCCUAAAUAAAUAUUUCCAGAACCUAACCAUAUUGGCUGAAGAUAUCAGAUACAUCAACUCUACAAAAGGCCAUCGUGUAGGACUCUGUUGGCCAGUUGGGUUUGGGGUGUUUGCUAUGCUGCCUGACUUGAUACGAGUCCUGAGCCACAACGUCGAGUCGGACAAUCUCUCCCAGCUCCUAGGUUAUGAAAUUGUUGGCUGGCGAGUCCUUAAACAAGGAUAUGAAAAAAGAAAUCCCAACAAGUGGCAGAAGAGGAAAAUGGCCACCCCAAAGCCUACCUGGAGGCCAACCCAAACUCAGAACUUCACAGUUUUGGUAGCUGCUGUGCCAGAGACACAUUCAGUUGUAAAGUCUGAAAUGAGUUCAUCGUAUGUCAAUAAAGGCACUUUCUCUCUUAUCCAUUCUUACGUGGACUUCAGUACACGACCUGGGAUGAUCCAUAUGGAUUUGGAGAUCUCCAAAUCUACCAUGUUUCAUUACCUCUCUUCUGAACUUUCGCCUUCCCUGAUGCUAAGCUCCACAGAAUUUGAGGGGAAAGGGGCUUUUCAAACCCCACCAAUAUCGGAGCGCCUACUUUUUCGUUUUUCUACAUAUCAGUUUGACUCUAUCCACAAUUUAGUUUGGACGCCCAUGUUAAAUCCCGAUACUUUACAACUGGAAACAAAUGGUUUAAGUUUGGAAAGCUCAUUUGGAACGAAAACGAACAUCCAGAUUACAAGGGAUAUUGUAAUAUCAACAUUGAAAGAACCGGCCAUUGUUUUCAGCCGCAAAGGGAUAUCCAUAGAGAAUGGAGUUCAUGCCACUACUACGUGCCAGAAGACACAAGGUCAGCCAAACACUCCUCCCAGGGUCAUUCAUGCCAUUAAGUGGAUCGCAGCAACAGUCGGACACGAGUUCUCAUUUUCAAUACCGCCAGAGACAUUUCAUGACCAAGAAGAUGGGAAUUCAACUCAACUGACCCUUGGAAUGAACCCCAUCGAUGGCUCCCCGACAGAUCUGGACAGCUGGUUACAAUUUAAUGCCAGGGAUAAAAGGAUGUAUGGUUAUCCGCUGGAUGCCGAUUUCCAGUAUUCCCCACAGGAGUUUUUACUCUUUGCCAUAGAUUCAGGAGGACUAAAGACCGAAGAUAAAUUUGUCGUAGAAAUAUUCAAACCAACUAUUAUUCCAUGCCACGUUUAUACGGUAAUCACAAAAGAUAGCUACCACUCGUUCCUGAAAAACAGAAAGAGGAUUUACUUAUUUUUAAAGAAACUUUCCGAUUAUUUGUUGGUGGAGUCUCCUGGGCAUGUGGUUCUGCUCCAUCUCAAAACUGGCUCCGCCGUGUUCACAUGGUACAACAAAUCGUUUUGCCCAAAGGCUGAGAAAUGUGCAAGAGAUGACAUCCAGGAUGUUCUCACCAAACUAGGAAGACCCGAGGAAGACGUCCAUCCAGAUUUUGCGGAGGCCAUGUUGCCAGAAUUCAAAAUUGAACAAAUCGGAGAGGUGGGAUACGGUGGGAUGUGCUUAUCCGCGACAAAGCCAACAAACGACUCUGUAGCGUUCAACAGGACUGUCACUGGAUUUGACGGCGGCAACUGUUGGAUAACAAAUGUGCUCAUGGCCUUGUUAGUUGCUGUAUGUUGCACAAUUCUAGCAUUCCUGAUCAUUGUCUAUCGUCAGAAGUAUCUCAAGAAAACAUUUCAACCAGAGUGUUCAACUUCCUGUGGCCACAUCGACUUCAAGAUGGGCACACUGACUUCUCGCAAAUCUCCUCUACUGGAACAGGAUGUUCUGCCAUCAACUCGGUUACCGAUACCCAUGUCAAUGGUUUGUCAACAGCGUUCCUUCAGACCGCAUCGAGGUCUGGUUAUCUCAAAGCUUCCAUCUCCUCCGAAGUAUAGACUUCCGCCAUUGUAUGAAAGGAGGGAUCCUGGAUGACCCUACUCGCUCGUUCCAAUGCAAGUCUAUUCUCAUUUAUUUA